AGUAGAAGUAGACGAAGGUGGCAAAAACAAAGCGAUCGAGUCAAACGAACUUCAAUUACAAAUGGCAGAGUUAUUGUUAAGUGUAACACAGUCUGCUCUUCUCCUGCAGCCCAAGCUUGGACUCUCCAUCGGGCCCUCUGUAGUGAGACACUCUAACAACAUCAGCUAUGAGAGACUUAACAUUUCUUCUAAGAGGAUCGCCACUGUUGCCGGAGUGGUCUCAUCUGAUUCGAAGUCCUCAACUAUUCUCACCAAUAGUGUUGACACCGUAAAAGACGGGAGCGAGAUCGUGCCCGAUAUUGGAGGCGGAAGCGACAGUGGCGGUGGAGAGAAGUUUGGCGGCGGCGGCGGAGGUGGUGGUGGUGGUGGUGGUGGAGGUGGAGGUGAGGGAAGUGAGGGUAAGAACGAAGGAGGAGAAGGUGAAUCGAGUGGGGAGAAAAAGAUGGGGAUGUCUAUGUCUCAAAAACUGACUCUGGGUUAUGCUGCACUUGUUGGAGUGGGUGGUCUUAUGGGCUAUUUGAAAAGUGGGAGCCAGAAGUCACUCUUGGCAGGAGGAGUGUCUGCCGCACUGCUAUAUUAUGUUUAUACAGAGCUUCCCACUAAACCAGUUCUUGCGUCGACCAUAGGGCUUGGCCUGUCUGCUGUGCUUUUGGUAGUGAUGGGUUCUCGUUUCAAGAAGUCAGGCAAGGUAUUUCCAGCCGGUGUUGUGUCUCUUGUGUCCCUUGUGAUGACAGGGGGUUACCUUCAUGGCAUCAUGCGUAGUAUGCACUAAAAUGCAUAAAUGUAAGUCAGACAGUAAUCUGAGGUGUGGAGAGUUAGCAAGCCUGUCUAUGUGGUAACUUGGUGGGCUUUUUUUUUUAAAGAAUUUUUCGGUUUAGUUGAUUUGAACGUGGAUGUUUAGGUUUCAAGCUUUUCUUGUGCACAAACCUCUGUUGCUCUUGUGUUUGUUCGUAGUAUGGUUUUCAUACCACUAUCAGGCAGUAAAUUUUGUUCUGUGA